CCCAUAGUAUUCCUUUCCUUUAAAAAAAAGAAAUUAUUAGAGAGGUUGUGGAUUUGAGUCAUUCUUGUACCUGAGCUGCUGCUGCUCUGAACCUUACUCUUGUUUUCCGUUUGGGCUGUUUUCCCAUGGGGGCUUCCUCUCUAGCUCCUCCCCAGUGGGCCCUAACGUUUCCUACAUUCCAUCUCCGCCAACCCCAGAACCCUGCCUGUGCUGCCAUCUGGUCCUCCCCACCUGUUGGGCAAAUCGCUUCUUCAAUCCCUAGCUGCCUUCUCUGUAAGACAGGGUAACAGUAUCCACCUCAGGUGACCACUCUGGAGACCAGAUAAGGUAACACAUGAAGGACCCCACUGAGGAUGCUGAAUAAAGACAGCCCUGGCCGCGUCACCGCCGGUUCCGGAGGGCGCCGGGCUCCCGCUGGCCUGCACCCCCGCGGCGGUUUCCCGGGCCCCGCCCCCGCGCUCUGUGACGUCGGGGCCGCUCCUGCCUGGUUCUUCCCGGGUGCGCCCGCGCCCCGCCCGCUCUCCGUGGCGUCGGGCCCGUUAGAGGCUGCUUUGGUGCGAGGAACGCGGGCAGAUCUGCUGGGGCCAUGAGGAAGCUAGCUGCUGGCUUCCUUCUCGCACUCCUCAAGGUGCUGCUCCUGCUUCCCGCACCUGCCCCAGCUCAGGAUUCGGCCUCGAUCUCCACUCCAGGCAGCCCUCUCUCUCCCACCGAGUAUGAACGUUUCUUCGCACUGCUGACCCCAACCUGGAAGGCAGAGACUACCUGCCGUCUCCGUGCAACCCAUGGCUGCCGGAACCCCACACUCGUCCAGCUGGACCAGUAUGAAAACCACGGCUUGGUGCCCGAUGGUGCUGUCUGCUCCGACCUCCCUUAUGCUUCCUGGUUUGAGUCCUUCUGCCAGUUUACUCAGUACCGUUGUUCCAACCACAUCUACUAUGCCAAGAGAGUCCGAUGUUCCCAGCCGGUCUCAAUCCUCUCGCCUAGCACUUUCAAGGAGAUUGACUCAUCAGGCAAAGUAUUGCCCACCACGAUGACCUCUGCCAUGGCUCCCCAUGUCACAGCCACAGAGCGACAGAUCUUCCAGCCCUGGCCCGACAGGCUGAACAAUAAUGUGGAGGAGCUGCUGCAGUCCUCCUUGUCCCUGGGAGGUCAGGAGCAAGGACCGGAGCACAAGCUGGAGCACAAGCAGGAGGAGGGGCAAGAACACAAGCAGGAGGAGGGGCAGGAGCAAGAAAAGCAGGAGGAGGAGCAAGAAGAAGAGGGAAAGGAGGAAGGACAGGGGACAGAGGAGGGACUGGAUUCCUUGUCUGGGCUGCAGACAGACCCAGAGUCCAAUUUUCAGGUUGAAUCUUUGUCUUCCAACCCUUCCUCCUUCACCGCCCGGGUGCGGGAAGUAGAGUCUACCCCGAUGAUGAUAGAGAACAUCCAGGAACUCAUUCAUUCAGCUCAAGAAUUGGAUGAAAUUAAUGACAUGUUUGAUGAGGAAUCCUACUGGAAAAGCCAAAGCAGUGGCAGCCUCCUGGAGCUGCCGCACAUGGAGGCCUUGCUGAUCCUGUGCUAUUCGAUUGUGGAGAACAGCUGCUCCAUGAACCCCACUGCCAAGGCCUGGCAGCACUUUGAGGAGGAGGUCCUUGGCUUCGGGAAGUCGGUCUGUGACAGCCUCGGGAGGAGACACGUGCUUUCCUGUCCCUACUGUGACUUCUGCUCCCUGAAGCUGGAGCAGUGCUAUUCGGAGUCCAACCUGCAGCGGCAGCGUUGCGACAGCAGCCACAGGACAAACUUCCUCAGCCCCUUGCUCCUGUCCCAGACUUCCUCCAUCGGCACCCAGAUGAGUCCUAUGAGGUCGGGCCGCUUUUACGGGUUGGAUCUCUACGGCGGGCUCCGCAUAGACUUCUGGUGUGGCCGGCUCGCCACAAAGGGCUGUGAAGAUUCCCGAGUCGCCAGCUGGCUCCAGGCUGAGUUCCUCAGCUUCCAGGAUGGGGACUUCCCCACCAAGAUUUGUGACACCGACUUUGUCCAGUACCCGAACUACUGUUCCUUCAAAAGCCAGCAGUGUCUGAUGAGAAGCCAAGAACGGAAGGUGUCCCGCAUGAGGUGUCUGCAGAACGAGACUUACCAUGUGAUAACCCUGAGCAAAAGCGAGGAGUUGGUGCUUCGUUGGAACCAGGAGUUUAGCAGCCUGACUCUAGGCCAAGCCGGAUGACCUGGGUGCCAGCCUGUCCCCACCCCAGCCCGACCUUUCUGAGCCCUCUUAUCACUCCCAGAUCCCACCUGUCAGUUUGCUUCCAGGCUGCCCCUUCCAGUCUCUUGCCAGGCCCCUGCUCUCAUUCUCUUCAGGUUGGGGCAGCAGUGCUGAGAGGCCCCUGUUGGGGGCACCACCCACCUCAAGGCUGUCUUUAUAUAAAGUGUUUAUUUUCA